GGGCUCGGGCAGCGGUGGAAGGGGUGCAGUCCGCGGGCGGUCCGAGAGGACACUGGCAGGCCGCCCGAGACCAGGUUGUGCUCGCUGUAGGACUUGUUUAUAUUUUUUGAAUUAUGUUCAUUGAGAGUGUUUUUUUGCUUACUUUUUGUAUGUCAAAAAUGAAGUUUAUUCUGUGUUAAAUAUUGACAUAAAAUGGGUUGUACCACUUUAAAACUUGGAGAACACCUCUUUCACACUGCAGAUUAAAGGGAUGCAAUUUUGUGGGUGGAAUAGAGAAUAGGAGCUUUUUUAGGAGAUGAAAAGUACUGAAAAGUAAAAGAGGAGAGCUCCACAAGGUGAAAUGGAAAUUGACCAGUUUUUUAAAGACUUGGGUGUUCCUCUCCAAGCUAUCGGUUGCUGCCACAUCCCAUCUUUAACUCAGCGGGAUCUUCCUGCAUGUCUGCUAUGCAUCCUCAAAUCAGUGAUAUUCUUUUUUUUUUUUUUUUUUGGAGUAUGAUUGCUUUACCCUGUUGAGUGUGUCUUUUAAUUUUGGGGAAAAAAAAUGUUUAAAAGCUGCUGAAGUAUAAUUCUCAAAAUACAGAAGUGUAAUUCCUGUGAAAACAGGGAGCACAGAUCAGGUUGGACUAACUCACUGAGGAAAGACCCUCAGAGAGGACAGAACCAACUCCGGGAUGGUGGUUGGGGCAGGGGAUGGUCCAGGAACGCCACACCUCAUCAGUGCCUCUGGCUGACCUCAUGGCGCAGUCCCAGCCAAACAGACCUGCUGUGUGCCCUGGAAAGUCAGGUGACCUUCAAGGGCCUGCAAGCGACCCAGGGUGCUAUAAGAAAGCCUGCUUUUCCCUCUUUCUGACGCAUUUCCAAGUUUGGAAUCAGUGUGGCCUCCAGUGAACGGCGGGAGAUCACACCUGCUCUGGUGGCGACACCCCAGUCCCAGGACGGGACUGCGGAAACCCUCCUCUUCAGUGUCCUAAAACGCCUGGCCCAGUGCAGGGAAGCGGCCGAAACCACCGAAUCUCGUGAAAAAGUGAGACGAGGGUGAGGACGGGCGCAUGAGGGUCCGGGGGCUGCGGCCCUGGCGCAGCGUGUGGACCCCAGCCUGGCCGAGACGACGCGGGCAGCAUGAGCCUCCUGGGCGCUGGCACCCUUGACCUGGACUACACCUCCGGGCGGGUCCGCGGGGUGCUGGCGGCUGCCGGCUGCACCUUCUACCUGGGCGUCUUCGUGGUCUGCCACUGGCUGUCCUCCCUGAAUGCCACCUACCGCUCGCUGGCGGCCCGCGAGCAGGUCUUCUGGAACCUGGCGGCCGCACGCGCGGUCUUCGGCGUCCAGGGCACCGCGGCGGGGCUGUGGGCGCUGCUGCUGGACCCCGUGCUCCAGGCCGACAAGGCGCUUGGCCAGCAGGACUGGUGCUGGUUCCACAUCACCACGGCGACCGGCUUCUUCUUCUUCGAGAACCUUGCCCUUCAUGUGUCCAACGUGCUCUUCCGCACCUUCGACGGCUUCCUGGCCGUGCACCACCUGUUUGCCUUCCUGGGGUUUCUCGGCUCAGCGGUCAACCUCCAAGCCGGCCACUACCUGCCCAUGGUCACGCUGCUCCUGGAGAUGAGCACGCCCUUCACCUGCAUCUCCUGGAUGCUGCUGAAGGCCGGCUGGGCGGACUCACGGCUCUGGAGGCUGAACCAGUGGGCGAUGGUGCACCUUUUCCACUGCCGCAUGGUGCUCACCUACCAUAUGUGGUGGGUGUGCCUGGGCCACUGGGCCAGCCUGGCCCGCAGCCUCUUCCCGCCGCACCUGGCGCUCUUCGUGGUCGGCCUGGCCCUCCUCACGCUGCUCAUCAACCCCUACUGGACCCGCAAGAAGACGCAGCAGCUGCUCAACCCAGUGGACUGGAACUUCGCGCCCAGCCGCCCCAAUGGGCCGGCGCCGCCCAAGAAGGCCAGGUAGCAGCCUCGACCCCCAGCCCGCGGCCUGCAGCCAUCCCCCCACCCCUGCCUCCAAUGCCGACCCCAGGCAUGCGUGCCCUGGGCAUGCGUGCCUGCCGCGUGGUGCCGGGUGGCCUGGAGCCGAGGUGCCCAGGGACAGCGUCCCGCCCGGCCUGUGCACAGGCUCCCACGGAGGGCCGUGGGGCAGCCCCUGAGGCAUCCCUGCGACCUCCUCAUGGCCCUGCUCGCAGCGGCAGGAGAGAAGGCCCCCAGGUCGUCACCCCAUCACGGUGGUCCUGGGGACGCCGAGAGGGCUUCUCCCCGGCGAAGCUUAUCCAAGCGAGAGUUUUGCUUCCCUUUUGUGUGUCUCUGCUGACACUGGAGGGAGAUGUGAGUCAUCACUUGUCGAGAUGUGAGAGCUGCUUUUAACCAAGUGUGUAGCCAGCCCCUUACUCCUAAUCGCUGUAGGUUUUGAGUCAGGGAGCCAUCAGGGGGACCUGGCCCCAGUGGUGCUGAGCUGUGGGCCCCCUUCCUUCCUCCUGGUGACCAGCCCUGCCGCCACCCUCACGUGUUGGCCCCACGGUUUAAUCGACAGUGCUGACAUCUUAUUCUUGCCACGAAUGUGCAAUUAAAAUGAAAAGCUUGUAUCUGU